UGUAUCGUACCGCUGGAUGGACGAGCUCUCUCAGUUUUUGCUACUUAAAUAAGACGUGGAGGCAUUCAGCGGCCUAUCUCUAACAUAUUUCUAUCUGAUUUUGUCUCCGAAAAUUCAAAAUCCCCCUCUGUUUAGUCUAUUACAGACAUAAUGCUAGAGCUAGAGCUUUUCUACAAUCAGUUGUCCUCCAUCAUGGAGGUUCUGGUGAGAUCCGCUAUAGCAGACAUUGGCAAACUAAUGGAGGACUAUACAGCUUCGCUUUUAGAAACAUCCCGAUGUCAGAGUAAAAGUGAAGCUGUGAAGCCGUGCACAUCUAUACUGUCAGAUCAGGGGGAUACAGGAACACCUCGAAAGGAAUGUACUGUUCUUGGUCAAAGACUUAAGGAUAACAUAAACUGCAGAAGUGACAGUGAUCAGGUGGCAGCUCAACUCGAUGGUGGACAUAGUUUCUCACUCCAUGCUCAUUCUCCAGAAAACAAACAGAAGGAUUACCCUGAACAGACCACUUUGCAUCAGGACUGCAGAGUGUGGAAUGACCAGCAAUCUUCACAAGAAAACUAUCCACAGCAAGAGAUAUAUGUCAAAGAACAUACCCAUUUAACCCUGAAAGAAGAGCACAGAGAGCCUUUGUCAUGCCAGAUUAAAGAAGAGAUGCAAUUGAACCCAGUUCCUGGGUCAGAAGAGGGCUGGAGUGAAGAGCAACAUCAGGUGUGCAGCAUAAAGAUGGAGAGGCCAAGUCCCUGUAUUCAAAACUCACCAGCAGGGGACAGCAUAGAGCCAUAUGGUCUCUUACUCACACAACAUCACCUGAGUCCACUGCAGUCUAUCCACCAGAUGGAGACAGAGAGUCAAGGUCCUAACCCAGAUUUGGCUACAUUGGAACCAGACUUGUAUAUCGGUACCCUGGGUAGCACCUUGCCAGACCACUUCCCUCACCGCCUAUCCUACUCCGACCAUCCUCCAAAUUACCCUCCCCUACCUACAGACCUUCAUGUCUCUGGUGAGAGAGCAGCUCCAGGGCUUGGAGUCCCCGCUGGCCAUGGUAGUGAAGUGGCAGUGGCACAGAAGCCAAGAAAAUCAUCCAUGCUUGAGCGCUUCGCGUGUAAAUACUGUGGACAGGGCUUUGCCUACCUCAGCCAACUGAAGCGGCACAUGCCCAAGCACACCAAAGAGCGACCGUUCUGUUGCAGUCUCUGCGGCUUUCGCUUCACCCGGAUGAGCCACCUGAAGAGGCACGAAAGGGCCCACACAGGUGACCGCCCGUAUGCCUGCGAGGUGUGCGGCCGCAGCUUCAUCCGCAAGAGCCACUUGGACCAGCAUCUCAAAACACAUCGUAGAACAGCACUGCAGUAUUGUACACAAUAGUGCAUUGGCAUGGAGACGAAAACUGUGUUGAUGUGAGAUGGAAUUUUGAGUAUUUACUGAUGUGGAGAAAAAGAUGUGCUGUAGUAGACCAAUAAAUAAACCUUUGCGUCAAAACUAA